AGGAGGAGACUAGAGCCAGACCUCGCGCUGUUAUAUGACGUCAGUGUGCACCGGUCCGCUCCCUUUGGGAAUUAUGUAGGAUUUUUUCCAGGAGCUCGCGUUCUGUCGGUCGAACGCUGGCGAUUGAUGUAUCGCGCGCCCCCACCAUCGCCGGAGCGCUGCAGUUGCGGGCCCAAGGCUGCGUUCUCAGGUGUCUGCACUAGGGGAUGGUUGGCCCUGCGGCUUCUCAUGGGGUCUGAUCAGCCCGGCUCCUCCGGCUGCCGCGCCUGGUGAUUGCCCAGGUGGCUCGCCCUGCUGCCUGCCCGGUUGCAGAAACAGCAGGAGGUUCUGUAGUGCGUGGUUGUGCAGCCUACUCGUCCGUCUGGUAUCUUGGUUAGGGCAGUUCGGUGUGUUAUAAUUGGUUUCCUUUGGCUGCUGUGCAUGGGCCUGCGUGAGUCCUGCCAGCCUUUGUUUUCUUGGUGGUGAGAGGAGGGGAGCAUGGCAGCCUCUGGGUCGGAAAAAAGCAACAAGAAGAAAACAGAGAAGAAACUUGCAGCCCGAGAAGAAGCUAAACUGCUGGCGAGCUUUAUGGGAGUCAUGAAUACCAUGCGAAAACAGAAAACUCUCUGUGAUGUCAUUCUCAUGGUACAGGAAAGAAAGAUCCCAGCUCAUCGUGUUGUGCUUGCUUCAGCCAGUCACUUUUUUAACUUGAUGUUUACUACAAAUAUGCUUGAAUCAAAGUCCUUUGAAGUGGAGCUAAAAGAUGCAGAGCCUGACAUUAUUGAACAGCUUGUGGAGUUUGCUUAUACUGCGAGAAUUUCCGUUAAUAGCAAUAACGUCCAGUCUUUACUAGAUGCAGCAAACCAGUAUCAAAUAGAACCUGUGAAAAAAAUGUGUGUGGAUUUUUUGAAAGAGCAAGUGGAUGCUUCAAACUGUCUUGGUAUAAGUGUAUUAGCAGAAUGCCUAGACUGUCCAGAACUGAAGGCCACUGCAGAUGACUUUAUCCAUCAACAUUUCACUGAAGUUUACAAGACAGAUGAGUUUCUACAGCUUGAUGUUAAACGUGUGACACAUCUCCUGAACCAGGACACACUGACUGUAAGGGCAGAAGAUCAGGUUUAUGAUGCAGCAGUCAGGUGGCUAAAGUAUGAUGAACCUAACCGCCAGCCAUACAUGGUCGACAUCCUUGCUAAAGUCAGAUUUCCUCUUAUAUCGAAGAACUUCUUAAGUAAAACCGUACAAGCUGAGCCACUUAUUCAGGAUAACCCUGAAUGCCUUAAAAUGGUGAUCAGUGGAAUGCGAUAUCAUCUGCUGUCUCCAGAGGACAGAGAAGAGCUAGUGGAGGGCACGCGGCCACGAAGGAAAAAACAUGAUUACCGCAUUGCCUUAUUUGGAGGCUCACAGCCACAGUCUUGCAGAUACUUUAAUCCAAAGGAUUACAGCUGGACAGACAUCCGAUGUCCCUUUGAAAAGCGCAGAGAUGCAGCUUGUGUCUUCUGGGACAAUGUAGUUUAUAUUUUGGGUGGCUCCCAACUCUUCCCUAUAAAGCGAAUGGACUGCUACAAUGUGGUGAAGGACAGCUGGUAUUCCAAACUGGGACCUCCAACACCUCGAGAUAGCCUUGCAGCCUGUGCUGCGGAGGGCAAAAUUUAUACAUCUGGUGGUUCAGAAGUGGGAAAUUCUGCUCUAUAUUUAUUUGAAUGCUAUGAUACAAGAACAGAAAGCUGGCACACAAAGCCCAGCAUGCUGACUCAGCGUUGUAGUCACGGGAUGGUGGAGGCAAAUGGCCUGAUUUACGUAUGUGGAGGAAGUUUGGGAAACAAUGUUUCUGGAAGGGUCCUGAAUUCCUGUGAAGUUUAUGAUCCAGCAACAGAAACGUGGACUGAGCUAUGUCCAAUGAUAGAAGCCAGGAAGAAUCAUGGGCUGGUGUUUGUAAAAGACAAAAUAUUUGCUGUGGGUGGACAAAAUGGCUUAGGUGGCCUAGACAACGUGGAAUAUUAUGAUAUUAAGAUGAAUGAAUGGAAGAUGGUGUCGCCAAUGCCGUGGAAGGGUGUAACAGUGAAGUGUGCUGCUGUGGGCUCUAUAGUCUACGUCCUGGCUGGCUUUCAGGGUGUGGGCCGAUUAGGGCACAUCCUUGAAUAUAAUACUGAAACAGACAAGUGGGUGGCCAACUCCAAAGUCCGUGCUUUCCCAGUGACAAGUUGUUUAAUCUGUGUUGUUGAUACUUGUGGAGCAAAUGAAGAGACAUUAGAGACAUGAAAGCCUCAAGGAGAGGUCAGGACAUUUUUCAAAGACUUGGAAAAGAUGCCAUCGGUCCUUUGCUUCUGUGUUUUAUUGAUUCUUGUUAAACUGAAUAAUCUGAAAAACUGAGAUGCAGUCCUCACAUUUGUAUAUACAGUAUGUGUCAGUUUAAUUUUUACGGAUUGUUUUAAAAGAUGGGAAGUAUUUCAAGAUUUCACUAACAUAGUUAAGAACACA